AAAACACUGUUACCUGCGCAUCCAUCCUUCCAUCACAACUCCGAAUAUGCGCGCCUAGCGUUUCUCUGCACGUGGCUGGAGCUUCACUCUAGGGCUUUGCAUAUAGGUUUUUCUCCUCUCAUCAUCUGAGAUUGAUCUCAGAGAGAUAUUUAUACUUUAAACGGUACGGCAUCAUCGCAAAUCCAAUAAUAAGGUCCUCUUCUUCCUCAUUCUCAAAAGUGAAGUUAUAUACACAUCUUUCAGAGCAUUUCUUCCAACAGUAAUUUCGUUUCAUUCCUGCCCAUCCAUCCAUCUACUAUGGAGUUGUUAAGUCCAGUUGUGGAUAUCGUUCUCUUCUUCGUGAAACCUGUUUCUCGCUUCUGCGUGAAACCUGUUUAUCAGCGAAUUCGUUAUCUCACACACCUCAAUAACAACGUGGAGACAUUGAAGCAGGAAAAGGAAGAACUACAAAACAAGCGUAACGAAAUUCAAGCGGACGUCAACCAUGCUGUAUCAGUCGGAAAGAGACGGAUACCCGUGGUGGAGAAUUGGCUCACGGAAGUCAGUAAAAUCGAAACCGAAGUGGAUCCAAUGAUAUUAGAGUUCGAAGAAAGGAGAACAUGCUUUAAUGGUUGUUGCACUGAUUACUUCUCACGCUACAAACUCGGAAAAAGGGUCGUUAAAAAGCUCGAAGACGUCAAAAACCUCAAAGUAAAAGGUGCCUUCGGCGAGGUGGCUGAGAGCCCUCGUCCGGUGCCGGAGAGGCAACCAUCGAUACCACGUGGACAGCAAAACACGUUUAAUAAAACUAAGGAGGAGAUAUUGCAAUGCUUACGCGACGAGGAGAAUGGAGUCGUAGGUGUUUAUGGAAUGGGCGGAAUAGGCAAAACAACUCUCAUGGGAGCUAUAAACGAUAGCCUCAUCAGAACCGGUGAGUUCGGCGUCGUCAUUUGGGUAACCGUGUCCAAAGACCUCAACUUGGGAUUAAUCCAAGAGCAGAUUGGAAAGAAAUUGGAGAUCAGGUUCGACAGCAACGAAGACAUGGAAGAGAAGAGGCACAAGCUGUAUGCUCGGUUGAAGAAUGUGAAUUAUCUGCUCAUUCUAGAUGAUCUAUGGGAAAAAAUUAGCUUGAAGCAAGUUGGAAUUCCAAAGCCCGACAAGAUAAACAGAUGCAAGAUUGCCAUAACCACCCGAUCCUUUGCCGUGUGUAAUGAUAUGGACGUUGAUAAGGCGAUUAAAGUCGGGGCUCUCACGGAGGAGGAAGCAUGGAAUUUCUUCUGUGAAACAUGUGGGGAUGUGGCUCAGUCAUCAGAGAUUCGAACAGUGGCAGAGGAGGUUGUGAAGGAGUGCGGCGGAUUACCACUUGCAAUUAAGACAGUGGGAGGGGCCAUGAAACGCAAAGAUAGGAAAGAGCUAUGGGAGGAUGCAUUGAGGGCAUUGAAAGGAUCAUCACCUGAGGUUCCAGGUAUGGAGCGUCAAGUAUUUCUUCCUUUGAAACUUAGCUAUGAUUACUUGGAAAAUGAAGAGAUAAAAUCUUGUUUCCUGUAUUGCUCAUUGUUUCCGGAAGAUUAUCAUAUACCAAUAGAUUGGCUAGUAAGAUACUGGGCCACGGAGGAAGGAUUCAUAAAAAAUGUGAAUAACUUAGAAGAAGCAUCAAACAAGGUGCAUCGCAUUCUUGAAAGAAUCAAGGAUGCAUGCCUCUUGGAUAAAGGGCAUCUAAUAGCGACGUUCUCUAAUUACGAUGACACCGUUAAGAUGCAUGAUUUGCUCCGCGACCUAGCCAUAUGGAUCACUUCACAAUUGUCAUCGUCAUCCAAGGACGGUUCAAAAUUCUUUGUGAAAACCGGGGAGGGAUUAGUGCAGCCACCAGAAGAGAAAAUGUGGGGAGGGAUGGUAAGGAUUUCAUUGAUGCGCAAUAAAAUAGAACAUCUCCAAAUUACGCCCGAUUGCCCUCACUUGGUCUCCUUGUUCCUCAAUGACAAUUAUCAAUUGCGUACCAUACAUGGUGGUUUCUUUGAGCUCAUGCCGAAUCUUCAGAUCCUCGAUCUAAGCUAUACUUGCAUUGAAUCUCUCCCAGUGUCGUUAUCGUUAUUAAUGAAUCUACGUGCACUCGUUCUAACAAACUGCAGACAUCUAGUGGAGGUGUCACAAUUGGGAAAGCUGGAGGAACUCCAACUUCUUGAUCUCUCUGGAUCUGGUUUAAAAAGCUUGCCUCAAGGCAUUGCAAGCUUGAUUAAACUCAAGUGGCUGGAUCUAUCAUCUAUGGAGGAUCUCAUCCCAAAUAUUCCCUGGGAUAUGAUAUUCGGGCUACCUAGUCUGGAGGUUCUAAGAAUGAUGGAGUUGAAACACGUGGACGGAGCUACUUUCAGUAAGGCUGCGACCAUGACACGGCUGACUUCUUUAAGAAUCCAACUGUACCAUCUUAAUGGCUUCAUCGCACAUGAUAUGUUCCACCGAUGGUUUUCAGGCUUGAGAAGAUUCCAUGUUCAAGGUGAAUAUCAAAAGCGUAAAGGCUUCGAAAGCUUCGUUUUGGAAACUGGUAAGCAUAUAAGCAUUCGUGGAUGUGACAAUUUCCCAUGUGGGAUUGAGGGGUUGAUAAAACAUGCAACCAGUUUACGCUUAGAAAACUGCAAAGGUCUGACAGAUCUUUCUAAGUUCCAAGGCGAUUUAAAGAGCUUAACAUAUCUUCAAGUCAUUAAAUGCAGUGGAGUGGAAUGCAUUAUAGACUGUAGAGAGGUUGGAGAUGAUGUAUUCCAAUGUUUACAGUGGUUGUCUCUCAGUGAUUUACCAAACUUGGAGAAGGUAUUCGAUGGUGGAGCGCCUCAGCCAAACACACGCCUUCAAAACCUCAGAAAAAUAUAUGUUUUUCGAUGUCCCAAGAUAAGGUGUCUCUUCUCCUCUAAUAUGGUAGAAUAUCUACAUCAAUUAGAAGAGAUUCGUGUACAGUUUUGUUACGAAAUGGAGGAGAUUAUAGAAGGCGACAUGCUUCCUCAUAAUUCAUUCCCAAGAUUACGCAUCCUACAAUUAGCAGGCUUAUCGAAAUUAGUAAGCAUUUGUAGGCAGCGACUUAUUUUUAAAUCUUUGGAAGAGAUGGAAGUAACUUACUGUCCUAUGUUGAAGAAGCUCCCCCUAUUCAGCUCAAGCAUCCAUCAAAUAAAAGGAGAAAUAGAAGGCGAGAGAGAGUGGUGGGAAGGAUUAGAGUGGGAAGACGAGAACACCAAGUCCCUCUGCUCCACAAUUUACAAUUUACAAAGAAGCUUCCUCAUAGAAAAGGAAUAUUUUCCUGGAUAACACUGCGAGAACAUCAUUGAGCUCUAAAAUCUCUCAAGAUAUUACAGUGCCGCCAAACUCCUGAGAAGCUUCAUAUGGGAAAAAAAAAUGCCACGACAAGAUAGCUGCUGGAGGAGAUCUACAGGAGAAGACAGAGCACCACCUGCUGCAAUGAAAGCGCCCCCAAAAAUGCACCACAAGAUAUCUGCUGGAGAAGACAGAGCACUGCCUGGGGCCCACAUUAGCUAGUUUUCCUGACAACAAGAUCUGCUGGAGAAGACAGAGCACUGCUGGAUUUGAUUGGCCAUGUGUACUGUCAAAAUUGAAGUGUGGAUGCUGGAAAAGCUCUCUGACCCACCAUUCUCAUGGAAAUGGUGGUUCUGGGGCAAGAAUUUCAGAAAUUGCUGGCGUUUGGGCUAUGGUGAUUAUGGUGUAUUAUCUUUGACAGUGAGAAGAGGGUGAGAGGUUUUUGGAGUGGAAGAGAGGAUGUAAAGGAGAGAUUUCCUAUUUUAGAAAGUCAGUUUGCUGGUUUUCGUAUGGAUGUAGAGUCCAAUGCAAGCCUUCUCCUUCUGGAAUAAACUACGAAGGAACCAGUGGAUCACGUCUAAGUCUUUAAAUGCUAAUGGAAUUACUCUUUUCAAAUUAUGAGAGGAAGGUGUCAAGUUACUUGGAAAAUCAGACAUGCACUAUUUCAGCCCUGAGCAUUCACCCUUGAUUGAACUAGCUCAAAGGACAUCCAAUUGGGCUCUUGAUGAGAAGAUAAAAUCAGUGAGAAGAGGGUAAGAGAUUUUCAGAGUGGAAGAAAGGAUGGAAAGGAGAGAUUUCCUAUUUUGGGAACUAACUUUUCUUAUUUUGGUAUGGAUGGAAAGCUCCAACGCAAACCUUCCCCUUCUGUCAUAAACAUUGAAGGUAAGUUGGGUUAUCUUAUUUUUUAUUUUUAACUCCCUUUACGCAUUAUCUGUUUGCUAGGAUUGUCUUGACAUAGGUAUAAUAAGAAAUUAUAUAUGCUUGUUUGGAUUGGCUUGAAAUGAUGAGGAGUUUGUUCUUUUGAGGUUUCUAUGAGAAUUUGACAGCCAAUUCCAUGGACAAAGUCAUCGGCUAGAUAUAAAGAUUUUUAUCACCGGCCAUAAGGUUCCAUUUAACAACUGGCUCUGAUGUGUAUGUGCACCAAUUAGGAACUCUACCCAAUCCAUGGUGCUAGUUGUUAAAGGGCACUACAAGGCUCUGUAUGGAUUUUCCUGUUGACUUCUUCCAUAUGCUAAAUUUGUAAAAAUUUUAUAAGAAAUAAAAAAAUGAUGGUCAUAACCUUUGUUUUUAAACCCGGAAUGUAUCAGACAGUCGAACUGGAUUGAGAGCAAUGUAGCAGCUAUUCAGCAAAUGCUACCAGGAGCAUUUUGUAACAGAUUUGGUCGCCAUCAUCAGCUCUAUUUUAGAACUUGGAGAAACUGCAAACGAAGUGCUUGAAAGCCCACAAUGUAUUACAAGAUUUGGAGCAGUUACAGGCCUCUCAGAUUUGUUCUCAGGUACCUGAAUCACUGGAUGUAAAAUGCAGUGCAUCUUCAACCAUAAAAGUUAGGAGUAUGAAACAAAUCCAUGAAUUCGUUAAAUAUUCAAAUUUCAGCAGUCAAUGGAACAAAGAAAGAGGGUGUUCAGAAAGGAAUGCAUGUAGCCAAUUGAUACUUCUGUUGAGGAGACAUUUGAUACUUCAGAAAGGAA